AGCCAGACAAAUAAAAGUACAAUUAAAACGAUUUGCGUUUUUCCCAAAAUAAAAGCUUACGUCACAUCAUUGGACUGCAACAAGACGAAAGAAUUAUCAUUGAAUAAUUUCCACUUUAGACGAAAAACUUAUCAUUAAUAAUUUUCACGUAAGACGAAAAAACUAAUCAUUAAUUAAUUUCCACUUAUGAAUACUUAAUUACCACUAAUUACCUGUCUAUUGCUUUGGCAAGUCAAUUUCUCCCACGUUUAAAUCACACCCUUUGUUACUCAAUCCGAUCUGCAAGUGACAAAAAGGAAGCCUUUGAUUGCGUUGUGCGUACGGUUGAAGAGAGAGAUUUUGAGCAGAGAGAGCUAUGGAGAUUGUGGGGCAGCUGCGGAAACAGUAUGUUGACUUCUCUACUUCUCUUUAUCGCGAGGGUUUCUUGGAUGAACAGUAUCUACAGCUGCAGAAAUUGCAAGAUGAGAGCAACCCUGAUUUUGUGUGUGAAGUUGUCUCACUCUUCUUUGAGGAUUCUGAGAAGCUUCUGAAUAAUUUAGCAACUGCUCUUCAGCAGCAGGUUGUAGAUUUCAAGCAGGUUGAUGCCCAUGUUCAUCAGUUCAAAGGCAGCAGUUCAAGCAUAGGUGCGCAAAGAGUGAAGAACAUGUGUGUUGCAUUCAGAAACUUCUGUGAAGAGAAGAACCUCGAUGGGUGUUUGAGAUGCUUGCAGCAAGUAAAGCACGAGUACUUUCUUGUAAAGAACAAGCUCGAGGCUUUGUUUAGGCUGGAGCGACAAAUUGUGGAAGCCGGUGGGACAGUUCCCGCCAUAGCAUGACUUGUUACACAUGUGACUGAAAGCAUCUGUGGUAGUUGUAGAUCUGAAGAGAUUGAGGUGAAUGUUUCGUGUGAAUUAAAUUCGAUUUUCGGUUACAAAUCUUGUGCUCGAGUUAUGGCUUCUGUGUAAACAUUCUGCAAAUGCCAUGUAGCUGUUAAUACUGUUUUCCAUCUUGUUCUAUAGCGCUAAUGCCUGUAUUUUCAGACAGGAAAUCUGCUUCUUACUGAAUAUUAACUUCUUAUAGGUAGAUUGAUUCAUUAAAA